AUGCUUUCAGUUAACGACGACGCAGAAGUACAUCAAAAACCUUACGCGUUUUCUUAUCCUACUAAUGUCAAUGAUAUAGGUGAUGCGAAAAAAAACAGUAAUAAAAAAACCGUUAAAUCUGCCAAGCCUGUGAAAUCAUCAAAGAAUGCAAAUUCAAAAAAAGCAAAUUCAAAAAAAGAAAAAUCAAAAAAA